UGCUGCACUUCCCUCCACGCCCAUGGGUUCGGCUGCCUCCUCCUCCUCUUCUCUCCCAGCCUGGGUGCACUUCGGCCUCCGGCCUCUUUGCCCCAGACUGUUCUCUGCUGGCUCAGGGUGCACCGCAAGGGCAGAAGUCGCAGGCACCUGCCCUGCCCAAAGGGGUGGCAAUUUGACACCAUGGCUGGAGGUGAUAAGAGCAUGAAGGCGCUGAGGGAGGUGUGGAGAAGAGCAGAAAACUCUGUGUGUGCAGACUGCGGGAAGCCGGAUCCUGACUGGGCAUCCUCUACCUUGGGUGUCUUUAUAUGCCUUAGCUGCUCAGGAAUUCACCGCAACAUCCCUAGCAUCAGCAAAGUCAAAUCGCUGAAGAUGGACCACUGGGAUGAUGCUCAGGUGCAGUUUCUGGCCAAGCAUGGGAAUGCUGUGACUAAAGCCAUGUAUGAAGCUCACAUCCCUAUUUACUAUUACCAGCCAACCUACAAUGACUGCCAAGUACUGAGAGAACAGUGGAUACGGGCCAAAUACGAACGGAAAGAGUUCACUGAGCUGGGAAAACAGCUUCCAUAUACAGAUGGGGUGAAGGAAGGCAUCCUCUGGAAGCGAGGUCGAGACAGUGGGCAGUUCCAACCCCGCAAGUUCCUGUUGUCUGAGAGAGAGGGAUGUCUGAAGUAUUUCACCAAGCAGGACGCCAAAGAACCCAAAAUCAAUGUCAAAAUAGAUGUCAUCAAUGCUACGUUCCAGCCAGAGAAGAUUGGGAACCCCAAUGGCUUGCAGAUCACCUAUCUCAAAGACAACAAGACUCGAAAUAUAUUUGUCUACCACAAAAGUGGAAAGGAGGUAGUGGACUGGUUCAAUGCCAUUCGGUCCGUGCAGUUCCAUUAUCUGAAGGUAGCAUUUCCCAUAGCCAGCGAUAAUGAGAUUAAAAGCCGCCUGACAAGAAACUUCCUGAAGGAAGGAUACAUGGAGAAGACAGGUCCCAAGCAGAGAGAGGCUUUUAAGAAGCGUUGGUUCACACUGGAUCACCGCAGGCUCAUGUACUUCAAGGACCCUUUGGAUGCAUUUGCUAAGGGUGAGGUAUUUGUGGGCAGCAGAGAGAAUGGCUAUAGCGUCCAGAAGGGAUUGCCUUCAGGGACACAGGGCAACUUCUCUUGGCCCUAUGGCAUCACCAUUGUCACGCCUGACCGAGAAUACCUCUUCACCUGCGAGACAGAGGCUGACCAGCUGGACUGGAUCACAGCUUUCACAAGUGUCAUCGACCAGGCCAUGACACCACAGGAAUAUGCAAUUGAAGCCUACUUCAAGUUUAAAUCAUAGGAAGCCAGGCAGGAACCUUGCUGUAACUCGACUCUACCUGGUCCUAUUGGGUGGGCUGUCAGGAGAGGAGAGAAGAUUGACAUCAGAGAAACACAGUGCUCUUGCAGCCUACUCUUUGAAGCACUUUUUUUUUCCCUCCAUGGACAAUCUCCUUUGUUCUGGGGCUCAUUUAAGCUGCUUCAAGUCCAAGACUUUGUGAGACUGAAUCCUCGGUGCAAACUGUCAGUGGUAAAUUGCUGUGAUCUGACUGGAUGUUGACAGGCCUUGCCUGUUGAUAGAGCCUCAAAAACUUAGCACUUGCUGUGAUGGACGUGGGACCUAGCAUCACAUUUGCAGGAAACUGCAGACCUUAUACAAGAAAACAGCUGCCUUGCUGGAGCUAAUGCUCAGUCGGCUGUCGAGGCUGCUGGACUAGGAGAGACUGUUCCGUUGCAAGAAGUGGCUUCUCUGCUGGUGACAGAGAUGUGAAACAUCUGGUUAUUUGAUCAGCUAGAGCUACAGCUGAAAAAAGGUCACUUAAAAGAUUUAAUCUAA